CUUCACUUUCACUUAGUGUCUCUCCACUAUCUUGUCUUGUUUCGCCUUUAAUUCUAUUCCUCUCCUCUGGCUCUCAUUUAUAAUCUUCACUCCAAAUGCACCUUUCUUUGUACUCCCAUCACUUUCUCUUCGAUAUGGUAUUUACUUUAAUCCGAUUCGAAUAUUGUAACUAUGAAAAACAAAAUGAAUAGUAAAAAUAUCCGUUUCGUAUCCAAGCCUAUUUUUAAAAGACACGUUUGUAUAACUCUCUCUAUAUAUAGAAAGGAACCACGAAGCUCUUUCAAGAGAGUUCUAUUCUUGUCUGAAAACUAGUUCCCUAUAUUUCUUCUUUCUUCACACACAUAUUCUCCAAUUCUUACAUAAAUAUCAAAUAAACCAAACUUGAAACUUGUUGUGCUUAAGAUGACGAAGAAAUCACUGACAAUGUUUCUUUUUAUACUUCUGCAAUUUCUGCUCGUAAACUCUCUAUCUUCAAAGCAUUCAUCACCCAAACCAAAACCAGAUGCAGAAAUCACUAUAAUGGGUUUUGUUUACUGCGAUGUUUGCUCCAAAAACAGUUUCUCUAAACACAGUUACUUCAUGUCCGGUGUGGAAGUGAGGAUAGUCUGCCGAUUCAAAGCAGCUUCGUCAACAACGACAGAGACUAUAACAUUCUCUGCAAACAGAACCACCAACGAGUUUGGACUGUACAAGGUAGCCAUAUCUUCUCUAGAUUGUGCUGAUGUGGACAGUCUCGCGAGUUCUUGUCAAGCGAGUUUGAUUGGAAGAAAAAACUUCUCCGAUUCUUCUUGCAACAUUCCUGGUUAUAGAACCACUACGGAUCAGGUCUUGUUUAAGUCUCAACAGUCUAAUUCCUGUGUUUAUGGAUUCAAUGCUUUGAAUUUCAGACCGUUCAAGAGGGAUCUUGCCUUGUGUGGCAAGAAAUAAGGUUUUUAGAACUACAAAUUAUCAUUCACUAUUAUUGAAACUCUCUGUUUGCUUUCUACUCAAAUAUAUAUAUAUGUCUUUCGUCUUGUUCUCGACCAUUGGCUUUGGUUAAAAACAAAAUUUGAAUUUUUAUUUCGUAUGCUGUAAACUAUUAGUAUGAAAAAUAAGGAAAAUGAAUCACUUUUUAUUUCACAACGUAAUGAACAGAGGAAAAUUUUGGCGAAUGCUAGAAAACACACCAAAAUUUUACGAACAAAUUUACACAAUUUCUCCUAAAACGUCCGGAAAAAUUGCACGACUGUUACUAGUUUUAAAGCACGAGUUACCAGGUCACCUGUUUUCGUUAGACUGAUAAUUCAUAUUUCUACAGCAAAUUUAGUAUAUCAAUCUGUG